CUGAUAGAGAAUACUUCACUCACUGUCCCAAUCCUGGAUGUCCUUUCCAGCCUCCGACUUGACCCAAACUUCCUAUUGAAGGUCUGUUCGCCAGUGAUGGAUAAGUUGUCAUCUAUUAGAUUGGAGGAUUUACCUGUGACAAUAAAGACUGGACUGUACCUACCCACUAGGAAUGAACAGAAAACCAUAGUUAAUAUUUACUUUCUGCAGGUAAUUUCUGAGCUUUGGGAGAAGCUGGAUCUGCAACAUUGUGUUUUGCCAUCACGGUUGCAGGCUUCCCAAGUAAAGUUGAAAAGUAAAGGACGAGCAAGUUCCUCAGGAAAUCAAGAAAGCAGCAUCAGAAGCUGUGUUAUUCUCCUCUUUGAUGUAAUAAAGUCAGCUAUUAGAUAUGAGAAAACCAUUUCAGAAGCCUGGAUUAAGGCAAUUGAAAACACUGCCUGAGUGUCUGAACACAAGAUUUUUGACCUGGUGAUGCUUUUCAUCAUCUGUAGCACCAAUACUCAGACAAAGAAGUACAUUGAAAGGGUGCUAAGAAAUAAGAUUCGAUCAGGCUGCAUUCAAGAACAACUGCUCCAGAGUACAUUCUCUGUUCAUUACUUAGAAGUGGUUGGUGCCUUAGUGACCCAUAUCUGCAGUGGGAAUGAAGCUGAAGUUGAUACUGCGUUAGAUGUCCUCCUAGAGUUGGUAGUGUUAAACCCGUCUGCUAUGAUGAUGAAUGCUGUCUUUGUAAAGGGCAUUUUAGAUUAUCUGGAUAACAUAUCUCCUCAGCAAAUACGAAAACUCUUCAAUGCUCUCAGCACACUGGCAUUUAGCAAACAGAAUGAAGCCAGCAGCCACAUCCAGGAUGACAUGCACUUGGUAAUAAGAAAGCAGCUCUCUAGCACCGUAUUCAAGUACAAACUCAUUGGGAUUAUUGGUGCUGUCACCAUGGCUGGCAUCAUGGCAGCAGACAGGAGCGCAUCAUCUAGUUUGACCCAAGAGAGAGCCAACCUGAGCGAUGAGCAAUGCACACACGUGACCUCCUUGUUGCAGUUGGUUCAUUCCUGCAGUGAGCAGUCUCCUCAGGCCUCUGCACUUUACUAUGAUGAAUUUGCCAACCUGAUCCAACAAGAAAAGCUGGAUCCAAAAGCCCUGGAACGUGUUGGGCAUACCAUCUGCAAUGAUUUCCAGGAUGCCUUCGUAGUGGACUCCUGUGUUGUUCCGGAAGGUGACUUUCCAUUUCCUGUGAAAGCGCUGUACGGACUGGAAGAAUACAACACUCAGGAUGGGAUCGCCAUCAACCUCCUGCCGCUGCUGUUUUCUCAGGACUUUGCAAAAGAUGGGGGUCCGGUGACUUCACAGGAAUCAGGCCAAAAGUUGUCCGCCCCGCUGGAGGUGGCCACUAUCAAGCCACUUGGCCUGGACAAGCAGCAGUGCUCCCACUUUAAAUGCUGGUGCCCUGCAUUUAAAAAGCCAGACCAGGUGGUAACAAGGCCCCCACAGCCCUUCCUUUCUGCCACAGGCCAGGUCCUGCACUGUGAUGCCAUCGUGGACCUCAUCCAUGACAUCCAGAUUGUCUCCACCACCCGCGAGCUUUACCUGGAGGACUCCCCCAUAGAGCUGAAGAUCCAGGCCCUGGACUCCGAGGGUUCCCGGGAGGGCAGCUUCAGUCAGGGAGGUGAAGUUGCUGCUGGCGGAGGUGCUGAAGAGGCAGAACGCACCCGUGAGGUGGGCCCCAAGCCCUCGGUAGCAUCGAGCCAUGGCCACUCCUGGCGCUCAGGGGUCCCUGCAGCAGGGCCUGUGUGCUCAGAGCUGUGGCGGACCCUGGAGCCAGACCCUGCUGGUCACAGGGUGCCCACCUGCAGCAGGUCCUGGGAAGGCAAACCGCCUGCCUUGAUUUCCCCAGAGCCCAUGCAGCUGGGUCACAUUAAGGACGGUAACAUUAAGAUCAUGAACUUCGGCUUAGGUACCACAUUCCAUGAGGGACAGCAGCUGACAGCCCUUUGUGGCACCUACCCUUACCUACAUAGCCCCAGAACUCUUCCUGGGCCAGGGCUACCAAUGCCCCGCCAUGGAUGUUUGGAGCCUCGGACGGACUCACAGCAUUCAGCAGAAGAGCCCCUUUCUGGCCAGUGCACCUGCCGGCCUGCAGAGGAAGCCAGAGAGCUUCAGUUAAGCCCCCAGCAUGAUCCUGUGGCCUCCCUUUCCGCCCAGAGCACCGGCAGCAGUGGUGGUGACCCAGAAAUGUCCCUGGCCCAACAAGCUUCCCAGCAUGACCCUGUGGCCUUUCCCUCCACCCAGAGCACCAGCAGCAGUGGUGCAGAACCAAAAACCUCCCUGGUUCUCCAAUCCUUCCAGUAUGACACUGUGGCCUCCUUCUCUGUCCAGAGCUCCAGCAGCAGUGGUGGAGACCCACAAACCUUCCUGACUCACCAAGCCCCCAGCAUGACCCUGUGGCCUCCCCCUCCACCCAGAGUAGCAGCAGCAGCAGUGAGCACCAGCAGCAGUUGUGGAGACCCAGAAACAUCUCUGCCUAAACAAGGCCGCCAGCAUGACCCUGGGGCUUCCCCCUUCACCCAGAGCACCAGCAGCAGUGGUUCAGACCCAGAAAUGUCCCUGACUCACCAAGCCCCGCAGCAUGACCCUAUGGCUUCCUCCUCCACCCAGAGCACCAGCAGCAGUGGUGGAGACACAGAAACGUUUCUGCCUCAACAACCAUCGCAGAAAGCCAGCAUCCUCCAAGCUGGGCAGCCAAGGUUGUGA